AUGACAAUCGAAGGACAUCAGCCAGCCGUCGAAGCGAACCAACAGGCCGAAGAUAGUCAUCACAAAAAGGAGGGGUGGUUCAGUAGGAAAACAACUCAGUCAUGUGAAAGUAGUGGUUCUGCACAGGGAAGGACUAAGAAUGAGGCCAACCCCUUUCCUAUUCUGGGCCCAGGCCACCGCACUCUGCCGCAACCCCCUGGGACUCAUGACAGUUCUGUACUUGGAGCUCUUGUGCAUCUUAUUCUUGGUCUCCGCUCAGCAAUCGACGAGGGAGACGUUAUACUCAGACAAGCGAACGAUGCAUGGGGGCGAGAAAUCAGUUUCGUUGCACAAACCUGCACUGGCACAGAACGUGGACAUUCAUCCACGAACAAAGCCUCUUGUCCAUAUGUAGCGAAGCAGGGACAAGGUUCUGCUUCAUUACGACCUUGGAUACCACAAUGGUCAAAGUACCAAGACAGUACAGAGAACCAAAAUGCCAUAUCCUCCACCGAACUCAGGCGCCAUCGCAGAAUCCUUCAAAUUGAGUGUUCUUCCUACAGAAAGUUAAUUGAAGAGGUGCUGGUACAAGUAGUACCAGCGAUAGAGUCUCACUCAAACGAACUCCAAUUCAUCAUGGAAAAAUAUAUUGCACGGGACCGCAAGACCAGGUGCCCAUUUCAGGAGAGGCACAGGUCUUGA